CGCGCCGCCUCGAUUGACGGCCUUUGUAAAUAAAACAAGUUAUUCUUAAAUCCAAAUGAGUUUUGUUCAAAGCGUCGUAAAAAUGAAGGAGAAUGGAACAGAUUUCAUUGAAAGCAAGCUGAAAUCCACACCGAUAGCCAUGGUAGCUCCAGAAUUGAAACAUAAUGCAGACAACACAGAAAUAACGAAAACAUGCGCUGUGUUGGGGUGUGAUGAUUCCAAGAAUCUGAGUUCUGAUGAGUUUUUCGGGUUUCCUGAAGACCCAAGCUACAGGCAACUGUGGACAAACCUGACAGGUCGCAACAAUUGGACCCCAACAGACUAUUCAUACAUCUGCAUACAACAUUUCUCUGUUGACUCAUUCCAGAUAGAUGCUAACAAUCAGAUGGUAUUGGUUGAUAAGGCUGUUCCUUCAUUGAAGCUGCCUAAACAUGUUUUGGAGGUGGAGUACAUAGAAGAAGAAACUCUAGACCAUGAGGAUGAUACAGAUGUAGACGGAGACAUAACAGAAUGUGAAUCUGAUAUGGAUGUAGACCCAACACUCACAAUCAAUGGCAAACAUGUUAACAAAACACAAAUGGUUGAUGAAGGUCUUCUAAAACUCUUCACCGAAGUUCAAAUGAUGCAACGGCAGUGCAUCGGAUUAAAAGAUAAGUUAAAAUUCAACAUGAAGAUCCAUAAUCGGCAAAGCAGAUUUUUGAAUCGACUUAAUCAAAUCAUAGAUAUGAAAAAGGAAGUUCUGGAACAAAAGAAAAAGAAAAAAGCACGGAUUUUAUUGUCAUUGCAGGAUAAAAUCAGAGAAGACACUAACGGAUUAGUCAUGGCAAUGCCAACUAGACAUACGGACGAUUUGAAGAACUUUGCACUAAGUAUUUAUAAGUAUUCCCCACAAGCAUAUGUGUAUAUAAGGAACACAUUAAGGACUAUGUUACCAAGUACAGAUGUACUUGAUAAUUGGGUCACAGCAGGAUACAAUCCAAAAAAUGUGUUGACAAGCAACAAUUUAAUAAAAGUCACUGCAGAACAGACUGAUACAGAAUUAUCAUGUAAAAUAUCAUUACGCUGA